GGCCUCGGCGGGGCGGGGGCGGGGCCUGGAUUGGCCGUUGCGGCCGUUGCCGCACGCUCAUUGGUCCGUUGUGAGGGGGAGCCCUCGCCCCGCCUCACCAUCAGGCGGCCAUGGCGGCACCGCCCCAGCCGGGCGUCCCGGGCCAUUGCAGCCCCUUUGUCACGGCCCAGUCCAGCCCCUCAUCCCCGGCCCAGACCAGCCGCUUAUCCCCGGCCGACUGCAGCCGCGACAGCGCGUUCCUGCACUCCGACUCCUUCAGCCGUGAUGGGGCGGCCGCUCUCGACCCCUCCACCGACAGCGUGUUCUUCCACUCCAAGACCUCCAGCCGUGAAGGAAUGGCCGUUCACGGCCCCUUGUCCGACAGCGUGUUCGCCCGCUCCAACACCUUCAGCCUUGACGGAGCGGGCGCUCCCUCCUCCGACAGCGUGUUCUACCACUCCGACUCCAGACGUGACGGGACGGCCCCUCCCAGCGUCGGUUCCGACAGCGUGUUCCGCCACUCUCAGACCUUCACCGCUGACGGGUCGGCCCUUCCCAGCGUCGGUUCCGACAGCGUGUUCCGCCACUCCAAGACCUUCACCGCUGACGGGUCGGCCCUUCCCAGCGUCGGCUCCGACAGCGUGUUCCGCCACUCCAAGACUUUCACCGCUGACGGGUCGGUCCCUCCCAGCGUCGGCUCCGACAGCGUGUUCCGCCACUCUCAGACCUUCACCGCUGACGGGUCGGCCAGUCUCGGGCAGCUACAAGAAGAGAAUGCUGUUUUGAGAAGCAGGAUCAAUGAUCUUGAGAUGAUGACUGCAACUCAAGCAGGGAGGCUAAUGGUGCUUGAGAAGAGCCUUGAGGAAAACAAAAUCAAAGAAGAAAAACAAGCACUGGAUUUGGAAUCAAUUGAGAAGUACGUGGAGCGUACUCUCGAAAUGAUGACCAAACAGAGGGUUGCCAGAGCUGAGGAAAUUACCAAACUGAAACAGGAAAACGCACAGCUCCAGGCUGAGCUGAGGGGUUCGAGGCAGGAGAGGGCGCUGGAGGUGGGCCAGGCGGAGCUGCCCAUGGACACGCAGAGCGCGCAGGCGGCCCUGCAGCACCUGUGCCGGGUCACAGCCAACUGCCGAGAUACCGUCAGGCAGCUGCUGUCUGAAGCAGAAACCUUGCAGCUCAUCAUUGAAAUCCUGAAAUCCAUAGAGGGAUUCGCUGCGGCAUCUUAGAGGCUGGACACUGACUCACACAACACAGAGGGCUCUGAUUUCAAAUGGAAACCAUUACUAAAAAGUGAA